AUUAUAAAUUAAAGUAAUUAUAUGAAUUUAAGGAUAUUUUGCCUGCUAGUAAAAAAAAAUCCUUACAGAGACUGAACAAAAUAAAUAUAAAAUCCAGAAAAUUCAAAAUUCCUGUGUAAGAUUUACUAGAAAUUUGCCUCAGAGGGUUCAUGUGAGUGAGCAUGUAAAGCAGGUCUAUAGUCUUAAUAUGGCCCAAAGCAGAUUUUUGGGUAUAAGUAAAUAUAGCUGAACAAAAUAAAUGUAAAAUCCAGAAAUUUCAAAAUUCCUGUGUAAGAUUUACUAGAAAUUUGCCUCAGAGGGUUCAUGUGAGUGAGCAUGUAAAGCAGGUCUAUAGUCUUAAUAUGGCCCAAAGAAGAUUUUUGGGUAUAAGUAAGUAUAGUGAACAAUCAUAUCUACUAAGUAAGCAAUGUCUGCCAAAUCCGUUCACAAAGUAUUCGUCUACGGCACAUUAAAAAAAGGAGAACCAAACCAUCAGUGGUUCACAAAAACAGCAGGGGCUCACCACAAGUUCCUCUACAAUGCCCAAACGAUAGAACAGUUUCCGUUAAUUAUAGCAACUCAGUUUAAUAUUCCAUUUUUACUGCAUGCCCCAGGUAAAGGCCAUCAUGUUCAAGGCGAAGUAUAUGAAGUAGACAAUCAAGUUCUAGCCGACUUGGACAUCUUAGAAGAUCAUCCAAGGUUCUAUAUUCGGGAAGAAUAUGAGGUGCUAAAUCUGGGAAAUAACGUUACAGAUAAAGUCUGGAUAUACAUGAUGAAAACUUUCAAGCCAGAGCUUUUAAAUCAGACAUUUUUUAAGAGUUACAGCAACAAUGGAGAUCAUGGACUGAAAUACGUUGAGAGGUAUUUAAGAGAUCCUUCGGCUAACCAUAAGAAUCAACUAUUUGGAGAAUAACAUCACAGUUGAAUCAAAUAUGCAUGCGAAAUUGAUGAAGACUACGACGAUCAGGUGCGCUGAGGACCAUGCAAUUCAAUAUAAAUAAAUACAAUAUAUAAUUUCUAAAACA